AUUGCAGAGUCUAGACUUCCAAGCUGUCCAGAAGAUCUCGAGAUCGAAUCUAGAGGCUGAGGUUCGCCCACCGCUUGCCACCUCACCAAACUUCCUGGCCCCGAGUCUCAGCCUCCGAAAUCCUCGGCCAGCUGCGCCUCAGUCUGUCUAGCUAGCCCUUGGCGAAGCUUUGUCGGGGGCGCCCAGCUCGGCGCAGGGGCAGCAGAAAAGAGGUGGAACGGAUCAGAGUCAGGGCGCAGGAGGCGUCUUAGAUUCCAUGGUACUCCUGAGGCCGCUUGCGUGAUUUGCCAGCUGCUGUGCAUGCACGUAAGCAGGGCUUAGUCAGAAUGGCGCACGCUCUGUUGCGGCUCGGCGCGCCCCGUUCUUCGCUCCUGUGCAGAUUCUCCACAAAUGCUGCGCAGACGAAUGUUUUCCAUUUUCAGCAGUCAGGCAUCUCUAGUUCCCAGGGGUUGGCCACGGUGGCGGGCGGGUCGGGAGGUCGAAGUGAUUCAGAAGAUGUCCGGCAGUCGGUUCCUCGCUAUCGAUGGAAGGAGGAACAUCUGUGGGUCGCAGCUUUGGGUGCAUGGGGCGUGGCAGCAUAUGCUUUCUCUGCGGCGCGAGAAGCAAGAAAAGAGGGGGAGAAGUCGAAGGGCAGGGUUGCGAUACAAAAGCUCAUGAGUGGUGUCAAAAGAUAGGGUCGGAAAGUGCCAAGACUGGCAAACGGCGAUAAACGAGGGGGUUUGGAACUUCGCGGUUUAAGGGCGGGAGCAAAUGACAAGAAAAAAUGACAGGAACAACGUGGCGUGCAUGAUCCACAGGGACGCUUUCAAAGAUGAGCACGUCCGUCCGGGCAAUCGGAGCGGAGAGGUGUUUGGGGUUGCAUGUGCCCAUAGGGGCAAAAGCAAACCAGGGUUUGCCUUAGCGGGGGGAUGGUGAUUCAACUCAAACCAGAUUAAAUGAGCUAGGAUCCAAAUUGAUCAGGGUUGAAUCUGUUCAGAAGCUUGGUCCAACGAGCGUCUGGAUUUUUGUGUACAUAAGCACAGGUUAAUAUACCGCUUACUGCCAUGGGCGCACCAGGAAUGGAUGGGUGCUGUUAGAAGUAGACACGCAAACUUUAUAGGCUGCAAACCCAGAGAUCGACGGUCCAGCUGGCAACCAGUCAAGUUGCCUGGGUCCUUAUAUUUCAGAUUAUAUGUCCAUCUUGCCUUUUCCUCGGUGUUUCAGAGUCUACACAAUCUUUUCC